AUGCAGCAAUUAAUUUUUUUUGUGGCCGUCGCUAUAUCCACCAUAAACUUCGCUUCGGCUCUUUCCGAAGCACGGAACAGCGACACCGAUCAACCACGCGUCUUCCGGCGAGUUUGGUGGAAGACAAAAUCGUCACAGACUGCCCCCAACCCUUUCGCCCUCAACAAACCUGCGCUAACCUGCCCGACCUGGCAGUGGAGCGCGCCCCCAAUCAGCCCGCAGGCGACGGCCGACGGGCACUGCUGCUUCCCGGGGCGAGACCGGGACUCGCUCAACUGCUGCCGUCUCGGCAGCACGCCGCCGCUGCACGGUUGGGACGAGUACAGCUGCUCAUUCAUACACUGGGAGACGGCCGAGAAUUACAAAAAAUUUUACCGCUGCAACACCGGGAUAACGACCUUCUCAGAUUGCCGGGACAAACUUCGCAUUUUCGCACAGAUGAAGCUUUUGCACAAGUACAUGCCCAAACGGCCGGUAAAUGUCAAACCGUUGUCCCUUAAACUUAACACAAAUAAGCAAGCUUCCGGCGUUGAGGUAGAUGCAAAUGAGCCCGGAUCAGGUCAUUACGAAUCUGCCCUACAAGCCCUGAGGGGCCCUUUACAAAAUUCAAGACGCAAGCCCAAUCUUGGAUACAAACCUCCUCCACAUUCUCGUCUCAGCCAGUCCCCCAACAUCAAUCCCCAAGCGAGGCCGAUCGUUUAG